AUGGAUGAGGGUUUCAGCAGCAGUAGAAGAGAGGGAGGGUCAGAGGCAGGCAAUGUUCUUGAGCUGGAAAAAAGCAGUUUUGGUGAUGUGGAUGCACAAGCUGAGGACGAGGAGGAGGACGACCAGCCUCUGAGCCUGUCCUGGCCUGACUCCUGCCACAAGCGCAUCACGUACCUCCUCAUCAUUCCCAUCGUCCUCCCACUGUGGUUAACGCUGCCCGACGUCAGGAAGCCGACUGCCCAAAGGUUCUUUCCCAUCUCCUUCAUCGGUUCCAUCUGCUGGAUUGCAGCAUUCUCCUACUUAAUGGUGUGGUGGGCUCACCAGGUUGGAGAGACCAUCGGGAUUACGGAGGAGAUUAUGGGCCUGACUAUAUUAGCAGCUGGAACGUCCAUCCCUGACCUCAUUACCAGUGUCAUCGUGGCACGCAAGGGGCUGGGGGAUAUGGCUGUCUCCAGCUCCGUCGGCUCCAACAUCUUCGACAUUACAGUAGGACUGCCGUUCCCCUGGCUCUUAUGGUCCUUUAUCAACAACAUGUCUCCGGUGAAAGUCAGCUCCAACGGCCUCUUCUGCGCCAUUGUGCUCCUCUUCAUCAUGCUCCUCUUCGUCAUCAUCUCCAUCGCCGCCUGUAAGUGGCGCAUGAGCAAGAUGCUGGGCUUCAUCAUGUUCAUGCUGUACUUCGUCUUCCUGGUGCUCAGCGUCAUGCUGGAGGACAAGGUCCUCACCUGUCCCGUGUCCAUCUGAGGAGCCUCUUCCUGUCCCUCGUCACCGC